AUGGCCGACGCGGCAAAGCCCAAGAGGCGCCUCCCUUUCAAACCCACCGCCCUGCGCCAAAAGUCGGAUCAAAAGCCAGCGCCCAAGGACAAGAACGAAGACGACGACGAUGGCCUUAGCCUUUUCAAGCGCUCCGCCGAGUUUUUCCCUAUUACGGUGGCGGAACAGGAACGGCGCAUGAAAAGGAAACAAGCGGAGAGAGAGAAGAGCUCGCAAGCACGAUCACUAAAUUGCGAGACGAAGCUUACGUCUAGGGCCAGCGAAGAGCCCGACUGGAGGGACGAGGAGGCUAGAGAGCCCGGCACGCCUCCCUCGAAACGCUCGCGAACGAGCGACGAGUCGCCCGAGUCGAGAAGCAAAACCUCACCGACCAAACGUCGAGACGGUACUGAGACACCCUCCAAGCGCAUAACCCGCGCCGCCGCUUCGCGGACGCCGCGUAAACAGGAGGUGGUACCGACAAAACCCGUCAUCUCGAUCGAUGACAGCGAUGAUGAAGACGAGGAGGAGGACGAUGCUCGGCCUUUAGACGACGAUGACAUCUAUGACGCCUCACCCAUACGCAAGCCCAGGUCCCGGCGGCAAACAUCGGAGCCUGAAGUCUCGCCCCUGGUCAUCGAAGAUGAUGACCCGUUUGCCGAAGGAAGACGAGGCGAAGACGCUCCCGCGGCGCAGGAGGAGCAAGAAGAAGAAGAUGACGAGUUCAAGGAAUACGUCCAGCGCGCUAUGGAGCGUAAGAAAGCACUUGAGCAGGAGGCCAAUCAGACGGUGAAUGUCUUCGUCACCUCUGACAUCCCAGGGACCAAGGAGAAGCAGUUUCGCUUCACUCUCGUGAAGCCCCUCAAGGUCCUCCGCAACGCCUGGAUCGAUGUUCAGGAUGGCCGCGCCGCUCUGCCGCGCUCCGAGCUUGAGAGUGUCUUUCUCACGUGGCGCGGGCAUGAGCUCUACGACUGGACGACGCUGCAUAGUCUCGACCUCGCCGGGACGUUCCGCAAGAGUGGCGGGGGCGGGGACGGGGGCGGAGUUGCAUACGAGGGGUUCCGAGAUGACUGGACCAACGUACACAUGCAGAUGUGGACGCGUGAGCUGUGGGAGGAACAUGAGCGACAGGAGGCCCGGAGGCGGCGGCACGACCUUGGUGAGUACUCGGAUGACGAAGGGGGUGGGAACGGCGGGAACGAAGAGGGUACACCCGCUGUCGAACAAGAGGCCGAGAAGAAGAUUAAGGUACUGCUCAAGACCAAGACGGACGAGCCGCUCAAGACGUCAGUUCGGCCGUCGACGACCAUUGGCACCAUCAUGGAACUAUUCCGCAAGAUGCGCGGGCUGGCCGCUGACGCGCCCAUCUCGCUCAGAUUUGACGGUGACGAGCUCCAGGAGGACAUGACAGUCGAGGACGCCGACAUUGGCGACAUGGAGACGAUCGAGGUCUACAUAAGAUGA